GAUAAUAAUAAUAAUAGAUUUUCUUAAUUGCGUUGUUAUUUUGUGUCAAAAAAAAUAUUAAAAUUUAUUUUGUCAAAAGAAAAGUAAUAAUUAAUUAUUAAUAUCAUAAAUAAUUACAGCUACUAGUAAAUAAAAAAAUAAUAAUAUCCAUUAGUCCAAGAACAUUUAUAAAAUUUUAUUUUAUUUACAUACUUGAUGCUUAUAUUUUUUCUACGAAAAAUGUUUAUCAAUAAUUUGCAUCUAUGUUGUUUUGGUGUAUUAUAACAAUGUCAUCUAAAAAAUGAAGCAGAUGCAAUUGUCUGAUUAUUUUAGUAUUACUAAGAAAACAUCAAGUAUAAAAGUUAAUAAUAAUUUAAGUCAAACAAUAACCUUGAAAUGUGAUAAAAAAAAACCAACAAGACAAACAUUAAAAAGUCAAUUGAAUACUAAAAACAGAGUCAGUAAAAAAAUAGUAAAGCCUCGUGUAAAGAGAUCUAAAAAAAUGACAUCAUCACAAAAGCCACGUUACGUUGAAAAAGCCGUAAUUGUCAUCAGUGAUGAUGAUGAGGAUGAUGUACCAUCAACACAAUAUUUAACACAAGAACCAAGUCAAAGUACAAGUACUGAAAUAGAGCGUGUGCCUUCCAUAACAUCUCAGGUUCUUCAUGAUAUUUCAGCUUGUACACAAUUACAUGAUAGUUCAAUCAGCCAGGAGAUUGCCACACUAGUAACUAGAGAAUAUAGUCUUGAUAAACAUCAAGACAAUUUGUAUCAUGAUGCAAAUCCAAGUGCCAUUGAAACAAGAACUAAUGAUUCAUCAUCAACAUCUAUUUUGUCAUGUGAAAGGAAAAAGAACAUUAAUAAUAAUAUUUUAUUUGAAGAUGACAAUGAAAAUAUCUUUGAUAAUAAUAACUGUUCAAAUAAUGUAUAUAGUAGCUCAAAAUUAAAACCAAUUUAUGAAGAUGAUGAAAAUAAUCAAAGUUUCAAUGACACUAUUAAUAAUGUUGAAAAUAUUAUAACAAAUGUAUUUACUCCUAAAAGUAAAUCAGCAUUUGAUGAAACAGUGGUAACACUAGCAACAAGAGAAAAUUCAUUUCAUGAUAAUGAAGAUCCAUUUAAAAAUGAUUAUCAAGAUGAAAAUAUAAAUGUUGAAAAUCAAGAAAUUGAUACUCAACAACAAUGUCAAAUUUCAAAUAUCAAUGAAUCACAAAGAACAUCAUUUAUUCGUGUUAAAUCAGUAAAUACCAUAAACAAUAUUUAUGAUAAUUCAUUGUCACAAAUAGCCAGUCAAUCAACUAGCCAAUUUAAUAAUUAUACAAGUGAUAAUUUAAGUCAAACACCAAUAAAAGGUUCACAAUAUUUAAUGUGGGAAAAAACAUCAUUAAAACGUUCACUUGAUUUAAAUUCCGUGGAAGAUUGUUAUUCAUCACCAUCUAAAAAAUCAUUAUGGAAUCCUAGAUCACCAAUUAAAUCAUCACAAGAAUCAUUAUCUAGAAUAAAUUCAUUUAGUCCAAGAAAAAUAUUAACAGAACAAACACAAGACAAAUCAUCAAUACCUGAUGCAAUUGAAAAUUUAAAUUUUUUUAAACAACAUGUUAUUGUUGAAAAUGAUUUUAAUUUAGAUGAAAUAUAUUCAUCAAAAUUUAUCAUGCCAUAUGGUCCAGUUGAUACAAAAACAUCAAUAAUGUUUGAUUAUAAAGAUUUAAAUAUACCAAGACCUGAAUGUUAUCAAGAAAAAGAUGCUGAAAGAUUAUUCAUGUUGAUUAUUGAUGUUUUUAUAAAUCCAAUAAAUCCUGGUUAUUUUACUGAAGAUGAAAUUGAUAUGAUAUAUUCAAUAAUGACAUUAUCAAUUGGUGCACAAAUACUUUUAUCAAGAAUGAUUAGAAGAAAAAUAAGAUGGACAAGAAAACGUGAUUUUGAAAAAGAAGAAAUUGAUGGAUCAAUUGAUUUACAGCUUAAAGAAUUAAUUAAUCGUAAAUUAUUAAUUACACAAUGUGAUAAUUUUGAUCUUGAUGUUGUAUUAGAAAUGAUGUCAAGAGAUGAAGUAAGUCUUGUUUGUAAAAUGAUGAAAGUAUCAGUUAAAGGAACAAAAGCAAUAAUGAUACAAAAAUUAAUUGAAUUAUCAAAUAAAAAGCCAUUAUUUAGUGGUAUGAAAACACCACGUAAAGCAUUACAAGAAGCAAUUGAUUCAAUUAAUGGAGAAUGUUUUAAAGUUGCUGAUAUAACAAUGAAUAUUAUUAGAAUGCUUGUAACACUUAUUUAUCCAGUUCAAGAUCCAGAAAAAAGUAUAGCUGAUGCAUUUUUUGUAUUUCAUGAAGUACAUCAUUCAGGAAAAAAAAUAUUUCCAAAAUAUUCAAAAAAAAGAUAUCCAAUAUUUAAAAAUCGUAAACAUUUAAUUGAUUUUAUUGUUGCUAAAAAUCAAUGGACAGUAUUUUUAAAUUUAAUGCUACAAAAAAAUAAAGAUGAAACUGUUUGGAAUUCAAUUGAAAAAAUUGGUGAUAAUGCAAUUGUUAAAUUAAAACAUAUAUUUGCUAAUUUAAAUGAAGAAGAAGAAUAUCAAUUAAAUAGUAAUGUUCCAUCACAUGUCAAAAGAUUUAUGCCAAUUUAUAUUUGGGGUAAAAUAUUAUUUGGCAGUGUUGAAGCAUAUAAAAAACUUGAUAAUUAUAAUAAAGCAAUUGAUGUAUUGAAAUUUUUAAUAUCUAAUCGUUCACACAUACAGGGUAAAUUUAUAAAAUGGUAUGUUGAAUUAUCACAAAUUCAAAUGAAUCGUAUGAAAGAUUUAGAAAUGUCAGCUGAAACAAUAAUGACAGCUUUAGCAAUUCCAAAUAUUACUGAUUCUGAUAAAAAUGAAUUAAUUCAUAGAGCUAGAAUAUUAUCAGCAAGAUCAAAAAACAUAUCAGCUGAUACUAAAAUCUUGAUGAAGCAACAAGUUGAUUUACAUGCUGAUAACUUUGUUUUUAAUGCAAAUGAGACAAUUGUUACAGCAUAUAUGAUGGAAGGUUUUGUUGGUAAUAAAAGUACUUGGCAAUUAAAAAUUGAUAAUGUUACUAUUGGUUAUUCAAAUGUUGAAAAAGUUGCUAUUCAACAUUAUAUUAAAUAUGAAAAUUUUACAAAUGGAAUUCAUUGUGAAGGUUCAUUAGCUGUGACACUAUUUACAUGUCUUUUUUGGAAUGAAAUUUAUGAUAUAUUUGUGCCUGGUGCAUUUGUUUGUCCAUAUCAACCAGCUCCACUUGAUAUAUUUGGUUCAAAAUUUAUGGAUAAUCGUCAUGGUAAAAUUGAUGAUAAAAUACAACAAAUAAAUAAUUUAAGUAAUGAUGAAUUUAUACAAACAAUGGUUAAUUGUUAUACUACAUACAGAGUUUAUGAUUGUCUUAUUGCAAAUAUUACUGAUGAUCCAAUUGAAUUUCAAGAAAUUGUUGAGUCAUUAGGUAAAUCAGGUGUCAUUGCAAUAUCUAUGAAGAUAGCUAGUAAUUUGAGUGUAUGGCAAUCAGGUUUUCCAGAUUUAUUUUUGUGGAACAGAAAUAAUAAAACUUGUAAAAUUGUUGAAGUCAAAGGACCUGGUGAUAUAUUAUCUGUUAAACAAAAAUUAUGGAUUGAUUAUUUGCAAAAAAAUUAUAUACCAGUUGAUGUUUGCCAUGUUCGAGCUGCCAACAAGUAUUCAUAAACGAAACAAAAACAAAUAAGACUUUUUAAAUUUAUAAAAAUGUUUUUUUUUUUUUUUUUUUGUUUUUAAAUUAUAUGUUAUUAGUUAUAAUGAAAACGUAGACUCGUGUUGUUAUUAAAUAAUCAAAGACUUAUUUUUUAUACGAGUAAAAAAAUAUAUACAUCUGAAAUAAUCAGAUUGUUAUAUAGAUAUUAUUAAUAUUAACAAUAAAACAUUCUCAUGUAUAUAUAUAUAUUUUUUUUAUAGUAUUAAAACGAAAAAACAAUUAGCUUUUUUACUUUGUAUAGAAUGUAUUUUUCUCUAUUUUUUUUUCAAAUUAAUAUAAACUUUUUUUUUAUACUUGAUUUCAUU